AUGGAAGACGACGGCGCCGUUUUCGGCCAGAAUGUCCAGGUUGUGGACCCGGACGUUAGAGCUUAUGUCUAUAGUCUGGUGACUGCGCUCGGUGGUUUCAACGGCGAAGAUGCGGAUCGAUAUGUUCUGGGAGACGAUGCGCUGGCGUGUUUACGAGAUAUUAAGCGGUGGCUGAAGCUGUACGAUGAGAAAAACAACCGGAUGGAUGUUGCGCGAUGUCUCGGAGAAUCCAAUCUCGUGAACGGCGACUUGAUACCGAUCCUUACACUAUGGGGAAGCAGCGAGAAGGCCAGCAGGCAUAUGUCGAGGGUAGCAUUGGCCUGCUUGGAAUUGCUGGUUCCUAUGACUUGGCCGUUGGAAAUACACAAGGAAAUGACCGUCAACCAUGCCCGUCAUAUGCCGUAUCUGCAACAAGUACAGGUUCAGUACAAAAAAGGCCUUCUUAGCAAUGCGAGCGCCGGUCUCCUCCGCACCAUCAUCCGAAUUGGCCUCCCCAGUAUGGCCAUGCCCCGAUCCGAACGCACGAACCGAGACGAAGGAAUUCUUAAGCUUAUGCUCUACCUACUUCGGAACGUAAUCAUUAUCACGCCGGAUACUCGUCUUGUGGCAGAGGGUGAAGAGGAAGAAACCUCUAGAUCUAGAACCAUCAAUGCGUUCCAGGAGCAGGAUGCGUUUGCCCUCCUUCUGACCAUGUGCUCGAACGUUGGCGACGACUUUAGCUUACAAGACGUGGUCCUUCUCGAGAUUCUGUUCCACAUCGUCAAAGGUAUCAAUGUGGAAAAGCUGUUUAUGGAUGAUGAACAGCGUAGCUCGAAGCGCACAAAUGAACUACAUGACCUUCUACGGCAAGAGUCGUCUCUACGAAGAGAGUACACAAAGAAUGCACCGACACGACACGGCAGAUUCGGCACUAUGAUCUGGGUCAAACGGGAUGACGCCAAAGUUUCUACCGUCUCAGGACAGGAUGUUCUUAAAGAUGGUCAAGCAACGAUGCAGAAAAUGGACCAGACCAAGAAAUGGAACAAGCCCCUGCAGCGCAGACGGAUAACUGAGGUCACAGUGAACGAUGAUUUCACAUCGCCGGUCAGUAUCUCAUCAACUGCAUUGAAGAACCUGCGUAAGUUUGUAGAGGAAUUCCUGGACACGGGUUUCAACCCGCUCUUGACCCACGUCCGGAAGGCAAUUGAACGGGAGGCCGAUCGAGUGGUCAGUAUCAAUUCUCGCCAAUAUUUUUAUAUCGUUGCUUGGUUCCUAGAGGUGGAGCGGGCACGGCGCGACUGUCAGCGCAAGAAGCAUGCAAAAGAAGGGAAACGCUCGAAAGAUAUUCAACCUGACAGCUUUGGCUUGGUUGCCAGUGUUCUGAACCAAGAGACCUUCGUAUUUCUGAACCGCGCUAUGCAGUACGCCUUAGACAACAAGGAUUGGGAAGACCUGACUGCCGAGAUGCGUUGUUUCACGCAAAUUCUAUUGACUGUCCAAGAAAUGGCACUCUCACCACUUGAAGAAGAUCAGGAAAUCGCGGAAAAUAUUCAAAGCCGGAUCUUCUAUGAAGAGACCACCCAUGACCGGAUUCUGUCUAUCAUUCGCGGCUUCAAGGAUCAAGGCUUCGGUUAUCUUGACGCAUGUACAGAACUUGCACAUGUAUUUCUGAGAAUGCUGGAGCGUUACUCGAAGAUGAAUACCGACAUGCAGGUGCGAUCGCGCCGAAAAGCUCGACGAAAGGCCAAAGAAGACCAGCUCGCCGGUGAGAACGAAAUAGUGCAUGCUUCCGAGGAUGAAGAUCAGGAAGAUACCGAGAGAGUAUCUAGAGAACGCAAAUUCGACUUUACACGAUUCUCGGCUAGAUUCUGCAAUCAAAAAUGCGUUGACACUUUUGUUGCUUUCACUAGAAAUUACAAGGAGUUGGACACGCAGCAAUUGAAACGCGCUCACCGUUACUUUUACCGGAUUGCUUUUAAGCAAGAGAUGACCGUGUUGCUGUUCCGGGUGGACAUUAUCAAUCUCUUCUACCGGAUGAUCAAAGGACCCGGAGCCCUGGAACCGAGCCAGCCAAUCUUCCGAGACUGGGAAGAGCUGGUUAAGCAGAUAAUAAGGCGGAUGGUAAAGAAGAUGGAGCAGCGUCCCGCAUUGGUCACAGAGAUGCUAUUCAGCAAGAUCAAUGCGACUGUGUUCUAUCUUGAAUACGGACAUGAGAGGCAAACUAUAUCCGGUAUAAAAAAGGCACCGGCUGAGCUUGAAGUCAAUCCUAAAGAAGCCACGACGAUCGAAGAUAAGCUUGGCAUCGUGGUAGCUGCAAUGAUCAAGGAUGAACAGACGGAGUUUGUCAAGUGGAUCGGCGAGGUUCUGGGGUCGGCAGCCGAUGAACGAGAAUCUUGGGAAGCGAACGAGACAGAACGACAAGCUGAAGGGUCGCAGAGACCGGACGCCCCUAACCCGAUGAUUGCCGUCACAUCGCCUGAUGAGAAGACUCGGAACGCCAUGUUCUCGAACGCUAAACUUCGUCUUCUGAUGACGUUGGUUAAGCUUGAACGACUCGGAAUGGAAGAUGUUGCUGGCGCGCAAUGGGUUGUUCCGUCGGCCCUCAGUUCGCAAGAUCUCAAAAACACCAAGAUUAUCAUCGACCAGUCCCUUGACAAGCCUAUUUCCAAUGACAACGACCCUCGAGAAUUGCUUCGGCGGAAGUACGGUGAGAAUGCCAGAAGCGGUGACCCUGGAUCCACGGGAAAUGUCAAUUUCGGCUCCGAUUCGGAGGGUGAAGACGAUGUACCAGGUGGUUUCCUUUUUCCGCCAAAUUUGCGGAACAAAUCUAAUGCUCUCGACGAGUUAAAGAAUAAGCGCAAAAAGAAGCGGGGUCAAGAUGGCGAGAAAGAGCCACUAGAUGACGAGACGAUAGAGGCACGGCGACAGGCACGCCUGGAGAAUGCCCGCGCCCGCCAGGCCAAGAUCAAGAGUGAUCUCUUCAUUCAUGCAAGUGACGAGGAAAGCGGUGACGAUGAGGAGUUCUUCCGGCUCGAGGAAGAGAGACGGAAAGCUCAAGCCGAUCGGGUCAAGAAAGCCCUCCUUACUGGGGACUUGGGCGAUGGCCCAGGCAAAAAGAAAGGAGGGCGAAAACGCAAGAAUGAUGUCGCAGGGGCCCACAGCAAACGGCAGCGUCGUCCUCAGGCUGAAGCCAACGGUGGCAGCAAUGAGGACAACGACGAUGAUAUUCUUAUGACAGGGGUUGGCGACGCGUCUGAGAGAGAUGAUUCGCCUGCUGAGGAUACCCGUUUUGCGCCCGUUGAGGAUGACCUCGAUUUUGACGAUGAUCUUGCAUUCGGUCGGGAUCGACGAAGGGAGUCUGGUUCUGUUGAUCAAGAUGAAAUGCUAGCGACGAAGACAGCGGAUACAAAUAUCGCAGGCGACGAUGAAGACGAAGAUGCAGUACCUCCUGCAUCAGGUCGAAGACGAAUGCGGGCUGGAUUCGUGAUAGAGAGCGAUUCAGAAUAG